AUGGAACCUUUAAUUGGACUUGGACUGGCCCUGGAGUUAGUAAUGGAGUGAUUAAAGUAGCAGAUACCACUAGGACCAGUAUAUUGAUGUUAUCUAAUAUCAGCACUGCUGAUGCUGGGAACUAUACUUGCUCUGCCUCUUAUCUAGCAAUGGGUGAAUCAGCAUGGGGCAUUAUAGAACCCAACACAAAUACAAGAACUAUCAAUUUGAUAAUUUAUAGUAGUGUAUCAACACCAGCUAAUACUGUGAUUGUAGAAGAAGGGAAUGAUGCCACAUUAUCAUGUCUUUUCACUGGAUUCCUACCAAUUAAUUAUAAAAUUAAUUGGAGUGGUUUGAUACCAUCUAAUGCUAUCAUUGCCAAUCAUGAAAACACUCAGUAUAAGACUCAGCAUGGCAGUUCUUCUACUAGGCCAGCUGUACAGAGUAUCUUCAUAAUAAAAUCAGCUAAAGUGGCCGACAGUGGUCUUUAUACUUGUAGUAUGAGUGGUACUACACUGAGGAAGACUAUAUUACUCAUGGUCGUCACGCAGAAAACAAGUUGGCAAGUAGAGCUGGAAUGAACUAAAUGGGUCUCUUAAAAGAACUGAAACAUUCCAUGAUGACAUUAAUAUCAUCAUUAUUAAAAUUAGUUUG